AUGUCCCAACAAACCCCCACAAACCCCAUCUACCCCCUCUUCAUCUUCCUCUUCGAAACCGAGCGCUUCCUCCUAGAAACGCUCAAAAACCAUGACCUUGAUCUGGCACAACACUCCAAGCUGAAAACAACCAACCAAGCAUUCCGAAAAUGGGCAAAAGAGAACAUCACACACCUCACCAAAACCGCCCGCAAUCUGGAAAACAGCGAGGUGCAUAAGCCGAAAUAUUACAAGGCGUAUCAGAUGCUGUUUUGGAGGUUGAGAGGGGUGUAG